AAACCCCGAAACCAAAAAACCCUAAGCAGAGAUCGAAGCAGAAGAGAGGAGCAAUUUGUUCCAAUUUGUUUUCAUCCCAAUCCUAGACGAUUCAAAUCUCUUCGCUCCCUAAAACCAUGGCUACGAUACCGGUUAACCCGAAGCCAUUCUUGAACAAUUUGACCGGAAAGACGGUUAUUGUUAAGCUUAAAUGGGGAAUGGAAUACAAAGGUUUCCUUGCCUCUGUUGACUCCUACAUGAACUUGCAGCUGGGAAACACCGAGGAAUAUAUCGAUGGACAACUGACAGGAAACCUUGGAGAGAUCUUGAUCAGAUGCAACAACGUUUUGUAUGUCCGAGGUGUCCCAGAAGAUGAAGAACUCGCGGACGCUGAACAAGACUAGCCUGGUACCAAUGACGUAGAGAUCGCUAGUCUGUUUGAAGUCGUGUCGUGUAUUCUAUGAGCGUUUUAAACCCAUUUUACUCUUCAUAAAUAUUUUUAAGUUGUUUGAUACCUUAAAACCAGAACGUUACAAGCAGUUUAGCUCUUUAUGAGAGAAAUCGAACUUCUUUCUGGCGUUCUGUUAUUGAAAAGGUAUGCUUGUCGUU